CAAAAAAAUAAUGGCGAGUGAAGAAAUAGUGCUUCUUGAUGUCUGGGCCAGCCCAUAUGCAAUGAGAGUGAGAGUUGCAUUAGUAGAGAAGGGAGUUAAGUAUGUUUGUCAACCACAAAAUUUGGUUGAUAAAAGUUCUUUGCUUCUUGAGAUGAAUCCGAUUCAUAAGAAAGUUCCGGUUUUGAUCCAUAAUGGUAAACCCAUUUGUGAAUCACUCGUGAUUGUUGAGUACAUUGAUGAGGUUUGGCCUGAAUCGUCUCCUUUGCUUCCAAUUGAUCCUUACCAACGAUCACAGGCUAGAUUUUGGGGUGAUUUCAUUGACAAGAAGAUAUUUGUUGGUGCCAAAGAAUUAAGAAUGGCAGAAGGACAAGAAAAGGAGAAUAAAGCAAAGGAUUUCCUUGAGAAUCUGAAGAUAUUAGAAGGAGUGAUUGGUAAUGAGAAGUUUUUUGGGGGUGAUACAUUUGGUUACGUUGAUGUUGCACUAGUUCCAAUCACAAGCUGGUAUGACGUCUUAGAAACAUGUGGGAAUUUUAGCAUUGAGGUUAAUUGUCCCAAAAUUAUGGCAUGGACUCGAAGAUGUAAAGAGAGACACAGUGUCUCUAGUUCACUGCCCGACCCUAACAAAGUUUAUAGCUUCGCUCUGGAAACCAAAAAGGCGAUAGGGCUUAAGUGAACCCUGACCUUGGUAAAGUAAACCUCACUUCCAAAUAUUCGGGUCAUUCAAGUCUGGUCAUUCGGGUCGGGUCAAGUUCGGGUUGGGUAGUCUUCGAGUCAAUUUCAAGUUGGGUCAAGUUCAGGUCAUUGGGUCAGUUCAAGUCAGGUCAGCUUCAGGUCUAAUUGUCGGUUCAAGUUUAGAUCAGGUCAGUUUGAGUCUAGAAUUUAAGUCAGUUCGAAUCUAGAAUUUAGCAUCACAUGUUUGAUGCUGAGAAUUUCGAGGGUGGGGUAUUGUAGUAUGAUUUUUAAAGAAUAUUAAUUUGUUUGCUAUCUUUGCCUGUUAGAAUUUGUAUUGCAUUUCGGUAUUGAAUAUUGGAUCUUAUUUAUUGUCCAAAGAACUUUUACUCUGUAUUACAUCUGGCAUUGAAUAUUGGAACUUGUUUGCUAUCCAAAACUUCUUGUGGAAUAUACUUGAAGACUCCAUGGCAGGAUCAGAGUUUUUUUUUUUUUUUUUUUUUUUUUUUUUUUUUUUUUUUUUUUUUUUUUUUUUUGGUAAUGCCAAACAACACAAUAUUAUGGAUUAAUGAAAUUAAAGGAAGACUUUAAUAUAAAUUAGAAAAAAUUGUCAAAAAUAAUAUAAACUUUUAUCCGUCCGCUUAAAACAAGUCAAGCUUUAGAUUUAUUCUGAAUAAUACAAACUUUUAGGGGCCAU